CGUAUACGCUAUAAAGGAGAAAUGGUGAACAAUCUUAAACAUAAUAUUUUCAAAGGAAGUGGGUAAAAUUGAAAGACUCGCAAGAAAUUCUGUAUUUUAAUCCAACUUAUAGCCGGUAAAACUAUAAUGGAUACUUCCCGAAAUUAUAAAAAUCCUUUUCAAGAUUAUUCAAAUUCAUCUUGUCUUACCAUAUUGAACCCUGAAGAAAAUACUAUAACAAACAAUUUUAAAAUUUUGCUAAUUACAAAUACCAAGAAAUUGUUACAAAAAUUAGAAGAAAAUAAAAAUGAUUGGACUUAUCAUGACGAUCAUUCUAUUUAUACAGGAAGUGCUGGCAUAGCAAAUAUGUUUCAACUUUAUGCUGACUAUUUCAAUGAACCAGUAUAUUUCUCUAAAGCAAUAGAAUUAUUACAAAACUGUAUCAAAAAAUUUAAAUGGAAAAGGGAAAUAACUUUUUUAACUGGCUUAUCAGGGCCAUUAGCACUUGGAGCAGUUAUAUUUCAUAAAUACGGAAAUAAAAAUGAUUCACAAAAUGCAAUAUCUAAAUUGAUAUCUUUAUCAACCCAUGUUAUAAAUGAACAUAGUGAUAUACCAGAUGAACUGCUUUAUGGCAGGGCUGGAUAUCUUUUCUCUCUUCUUUAUAUAAAUUCAAAUAUAUCUCCACCUCCUAUAGAAAGUGAUAUUAUCAAACAGGUUAUCUCUAGUAUAAUAAAAUCUGGAAAUAUAUACUCUACAUCGAGACAUUGCAAGUCUCCAUUAAUGUAUUCAUGGCACGAUACAGAAUAUCUUGGUGCAGCUCAUGGUCUGGCUGGUAUUCUCUACAUACUCUUACAAGCUCGAGAUUAUUUACAUGAAGGACAACUGAAAAAUUAUAUAUUACCAGCUUUGUAUUACCUUCAAGAUCUAAAAUAUCCAUCAGGAAAUUUUCCUUCUUCGAUAGGAAGUAAUACAGAUAGAUUAAUACAUUGGUGUCAUGGAGCUCCAGGAAUGACUAUGUUAUUUUGCCUUGCUUAUGAGAUAUAUAAGGAUAAGAAAUUUUUAGAAACUGCUAUACAAUGUGGAGAAGUAAUUUGGGCAAGGGGUUUGUUGAAAAAAGGAUAUGGAAUAUGUCAUGGGGUUUCUGGAAAUGCAUAUACGUUUCUACAUCUGUAUCAACAAACAAAGGAUCUAAAAUAUCUAUAUAGAGCUUGUAAAUAUGCAGAAUGGUGCUUUAAUUAUGGAGUAAAUCAAAAUAGAAUUCCUGACAGACCAUUUUCUUUGUUUGAAGGUCUUGCUGGUGUGAUUUAUUUUCUUAUAGAUAUGCAACAGCCAAAUAUGGCCAAAUUUCCAGCAUAUACUUUAUAAAGUUAUAGCAUUUUUGGAUUAUCAUAUUUAUUACAACACAAUCUUCUAUGUGACUACUUUUAAAAAGAAAGCAUUUUAUAAUAAAGCUUUCUAUUUAAAAUUGGAUGAGAUAGUACCGCAAAUUGUUCUCAAGUGCAUUCAUUAUUGAAAUUGCUUGUACUUUAUACUUGUUAUACUAUAGAACCCUUAUGAAAAAAUCCAUGAAAGAGAGAAAACAUGAUGAUAUAUUAUGGAUAUAAACAAGAUUCGUAUAAAACAAAUUUAUUUAAAUUAUUUAUUAUAUUGUUAAAUUAUGUAAUACAUAACAUAACAUAAUACACACACAUACGCAUACAUACAUAGUUUAAAUAUAUUUAAAUUAAAUAUUUUCUUUUUGAAAAGAUUAAAAUUACAACAUAACAAAAAUUCUUUCUUUUAUAUACUCCGUGACGAUUGAAGAGUAAUCGAAUGAAAGUCUAAAAUGUGAGUUGUCUCCGUCUUCUUUCGUUGCGUCACUUUCUACUUCGUCCAAAUAAUACACUCUUCCAAUGUGUAUAUAUAUAUAUAUACACAACUACAUAAAAGUACAGUAUAUAUAUCAUAACAAGUAGCAAUGCAAGAAUAAACUUCGACUUUUGAUAGAUUUGUAAAAACUUUAAAAAAUAAAUUUAAUAAAAAUA